AUGAAGGCAGCAGAGAUCAGAUUGUCUCUACACAGACCUCUACAGCACAGAGAUCCACACAUGGCUCCUACAAUCACUGCAGCAAUGACCAACUCUCAGGAGCAUCUGACUCGGAGCCACAAGCUCAGAAAGCCUCUGGUGGAGAAGUUACGCAGAGAGCGAAUCAACAGCAGCAUCGAGCUGCUCAAGUCUCUCCUGGGUCCAGAGUUCCUCAACCAGCAGCCAGACUCCAAGCUGGAGAAAGCAGACAUCCUGGAGAUGACCGUUUGCUUCAUGACACAGCUGCUGCAGCAGAACCAGCAGCAGAGAAGACUGAUGAAGCAUGUCAACAAGCUGCAGUCUUCCUCUGAGGAGAAGCUGAGAGAGGCUGACUUCUCUCCUCUGAGCUCCACAGUCCACAGCAGCAUCACCAAAGACAAGAGUCCAGUCAGCAGCGCCCCCUGGAGGCCGUGGUAGACUCCUACAGACUGGAGUUACCAGCAGACAAACUGGGACGAGCUCAGUGGUCAGAGACGACUGGAAGUGAAUUCCAUGAAAUCUAAGGACUUGUUCUUCUGUAUGAACAGAAACAUGUAUUUGUGUGUUGGACGUUUCCUGAGGAAAGAAGCAACAAUAUCUUUCAAGUGAAGAAAGAAAACAUCUUGUCAUGCAUGUUGCAUGAAUCACAUCUGAUUGCAUCAGCAAUUAUUAUCACCCCUCACUGUGUCAGUGAUGUAUCAUCAUAAGGUUUGUUACCUGUUGAUUAACAUUGAUCU